AUGAUCAGUGUAACUCCGGCUACAUCCCUUUCCAAUGGGACAUGUAUCGACGGUUGGGGCGCUGGCAAUUUUCUCGGGAUCUGCUCCGCGGCCUGUUCUUGGGGUUACUGUCCGAUCACUGCAUGUGUUUGUUCCAAACUCGGUCCGCCACCGACUGUACCGGAAGAGACCGGAGUCGAUGGCUAUCCGAUCUCUGGCGAAGAUGCAAGCUACAGCGGACUGUGCUCAUUUGACUGCAACCAUGGCUACUGUCCGAGCACUGCGUGCGGUACUGUCGAAGUAACUCUUACGUUUCCCACUGUAUCCGACUUCUCUGCCAUAGCAUGCGCGGCUGGUGAGGGUACUGGCGACUUCGUAAAUCUUUGUGCCUUUGGAUGCGCACAUGGCUAUUGUCCCAUUCAUGCUUGCAACUGCACCGCGACUGGGGCGCUCGACCUUUUCUCUGUGGUCAACAGCAGCGCCACAGCCCGUCUGGUCUCUGGCGAUGACGAUUAUGGCCUGUGCGAAUUUGCCUGCGGGCGUGACAGGUGCUAUGACCAGUGCGAGCUUGGAGACUCCUACUCAGAGAGUGACGAGCUCUCCUGUACGGACUAUGACACACGGUCCUGGUGUGAAGUGACGUCGCCGUGCGAUUAUAACCUGACCAUAUCCACUAUGAAAGACCUGGACGUCGAGAGCGCUUACAUGCAGGAGAGUGCAUUCCCUAUCACAUUUGACAGUAUCAUGGCCGACAAUAAUUACAACAAGACCUUCAAGUAUUACAAGGAAUACGUCGAGAACAAGAUUAUCUCCACCCUCGCUAGUGUCAUGGAAUGGGCACCUGCCGGACCGGGCCUCUCUUACUUUGACUGUGUCAUCAUAGGAAGGGCAAGAACGAAAUUUGAAGAAAUGCUGCUGGAGGACUACGGCAUCCAGCCGGACUGGUUCAAGUACGGUGUCGAGAAGGAUUCCUACCUCUGUGAUGGAGAAAGCAUCCUAGCCCCUUCGUGCCAUGAUUCUGUCGUCACAUACUACAACAUACCCCAGAAGGCCGACUACGUCAAUAUCACCGGCCCUCGGGUUGUGGUCGAGAAAGCCCUACCUAAUCUCGACAACCUGCAGGCCAACCUCCUCGCGGUACAGCUGCAGAUCUUGCUGGGGUCUUUGCCCGGGCUCACGGACGACAUCUCAGUUCCCAUGCAAGAAGUUGUGCCAAUCGGGAAGGCAGAAGAAGCCUGGAAGAAAAAGGAAAUGAUUGAGGAUAUCAUCAGCGCUAUCUUCCUGGUGAUUCCUUUUAUUGCUGCGACAGUCGUUGGAGACACCGCUAUCGUGGCUGAUAAUAUCUAUGAGAUUGUGGAGGACCCUGAUAUUCGUCGCUCCGCAGAGGAAUACGGGACUAUGGCAGCAGCUCGGCGAGAUAUACCGGAUGAGACUAUUGAGUCUCUCGGGCCUGUUUUCAAGGAGAAGAAUACUCAGGUGGAGAAUUUAGUCAAGGACUGUGCUGCUGCUUAG